AUGAUGUUGACCUGCUCCUCGAUUUCAGUACGAUUCGCGCGCAAAACGCUGCAGUCUGAGCUCAAGAAUGAUGCAAAAACACUAGGAAAGGACUUGGCAUCUGACGAAGCACAAGAAGGUCUUUUGAUCAGAGCCGUCAAUGCACAUCGACAGCGAAUACUCACGGUUUUAAGACUCAAAAUUAUCGUGACAUCAUCAAGAGACUCAAGUUCCAAGUUGUUGCAGUUUGCCAAAGAAAUGCGGCUCGUCUUUCCCAACUCACAUUGGAUCAACCGAGGAAACUAUGUUAUAAAAGAACAUGCGGAUGCUUGUCAUGCUAAUGACGUUACUGAUCUCAUUAUUCUCUAUGAACACCCGUUCCCCCAUGGACCUACCAUUUACUUUACCCUUCACAAUGUCGCCCUACGGCACAACAUAGGCUCAUACAAGUCCUCCACCGUCUCAGAACAGUACCCACACCUCAUCUUCGAAGAGUUCAUGUCUAAACUCGGUGGCCGGGUGCGAGACGUGCUAAAAUUCCUGUUUCCUGUGCCCAAAGAAGACAGCAAGUGUGCGAUGACGUUCUCUAAUUACGGAGAUUUCAUUUCCUGCCGCUCUGGAUGUCUAACUGGCGGAAGUUGGGCCAUGUUUUGA